AUGUUCGACCAGGUACAAAUAGAAGAUUUUUGGAGAGCUUUCAACUUAAUAGACCAAAACAACGACGGAUUUAUUGACAAAAAAGAUUUGUACGACAUGCUGGUCUCUCUUGGUAUAAACCCCAAGGACAAUCAUUUGGCGAGCAUGAUAAAUGAUGCUUCCGUUCCGAUUAAUUUUUCCAUGUUUCUGACGUUGUUUAGCAAAAGACUUCGUGAUACAGAUUCGGAAGAUGUCAUCAAAAAUGCUUUUAGUUGUUUUGAUGAAAACGACGAAGGCUGUAUUGAUGUGGACCGGCUACGUGAGCUAUUGAUAACGAUGGGAGACAGAUUUACAAAUGAAGACGUUGACGAAAUAUUUCGUGAAGCUCCUAUUUCAGGAGGGAAGUUAAAUUAUUUUGAAUUCAUACGUAUUUUAAAACACGGAGCUAAAGAGAUCAACGAUGUAUAA